AUGUCGAUUCUCGACAUUAAAUUUUCAAAAUUCGAUAAUACUCCUUGGGGUUUCCGGCUGGCUGGUGGAAGUGACUUUCCUCAGCCACUGACAGUCAUCAAAGUAGUCGAAGGAAGUUUAGCAGAAUGUAUGGGACUUAAACUUGGUGAUGUGGUCGUAAGAAUUAAUGACCGUCCAGUUGCCAGUUUAACCCACGGUCAGGCCCAUGAGGCACUUAUGCUUGCUGGUAAUAAUUUUACUCUAGGUGUCAGCAGAAAGCAAGAAGCAACUGAAGCUGUUGAAGCUCUUCAGUCGGAUACCAUUGUACCGUAUCGAAUACCUCUUGAAGACUUAAAACCCCUUGAAGUGAUUCCGCUUGAAGAUCCGUGGGAGAAAAUAAAUAAAAAAAUAGGACAAGAGGAAAUUGAAGAAAAGGGGGAUCAAGUGACCGAUGAAGACGAGGCUAACAAAGAAUUUGAAGAAUUGGAACAAACGAUAGCUAAACCUGUGGAUGCCAACAGCGAAGUAGUACCAAAUAAAAAUUUAACUGAUGAAGAAAUAGCAACGCUUAUUCUUGAAGAAGAAGAAUUAUUGGACGCGGGUGAUCAAGGAGUUCUUGGAGUUAACUUCAAGAAAUUACGUCCUCGUGCGCCCCUGCUAAAAGAGUCUAAAGUUCUCGAAGAACUCCAGACGAUUGCACUUGAAGAGCCACCACGAGUUAAAGAGUUGAAACACAAGUCAACUUUUUUGCAAAAACCAGAGCGGCCUAUUCCGACUAAAAAAAAUCAAAUUGAAGAGGUGGUAGUCGAUCAAAGUGAGUGCUACAGAGUUGUGAUUAAGAAACAGCCUAAAAAGAGCGUCACUGAACGACUGGUAGAGAAAGGUCUGUUGGAUAAGGCGUCAGCGGAAGCUCUUACGUCGGCGCCGUCUAAAUCGCCGACUCUAGAUCCAUCAUCAAUACAAAAAACAAUAUCACAUGAACAAGAACAAACUUCUCAUAACGAGUCAAAAGGUGCUGAUGAGUCUAACGCCGAGGAUGGGAAUCGAAGGGACGAGUGUCAGGAGUCAAAAUCAUGUGAAAAUCUUGAGGAAGAGUGUCGCGCUGAAACUGUCAAUGAGAAAGUUGAAUCCAUUGAUAAUGCUGAAGAUCACACUGAGAGAUUAUCUCCAGCGCAAAGUGAAACGCCGGAUAUUAAAGUGCAACCAACUGAACCGAUUGUCGAACCCGUUAUCGUUUUUGAUCGAGAAAAAGUUAAGGAACUCGUCUCAACGGAAAUUAGUCUCGAGAAGCAGCUUGAGAAUGUUCAAAAUCAAUUGCUAGCAUUGAAACAAUUACCCGCUGAAAUAGAAAAUCAUUUAAAAGUUGUGUCUGAGCAAUUAUACAAAAUAAUGGAACUCAGUGGAGUUAAGAAUGGCAGUCAGACGGGUUCUCGUCGUAGCUCGUCAGAUCAGGAGUGCAAAGCUCAAGUUGAGAACCGUGAAGAGGAGAGAGCUGAAACUCCUGAAAGUACCCACGAGGAAGAAAGUACUCAUUCAGAGGCUGAUAAAAACGAUACUUCAAUUGACGAAACAGUAUCAACAAUGAGCAACAAGGCGCCUUCUAUAAGUAUUGAGGAAGAAAUCGAGCCUCCAGAGACCAAGGAAUUGGAAGUGACACUCAAGAGUGAGGACGCGAGAGUUAAAAAGUGCAUCGCUUCUUAUGAGACUCGGGUGUUUCGAUCUACUCCAAGUCCUGCUCCAUCCUAUGGAAGUUAUGAAGCAGAUCCAAAUUUAUCACCUAGAGAUCAAGUAAUACAAGAACUAAAGCAUCGAGGAGGAAAAAAACGUUCUGGCGACCUCUGGCCCCAGGCUAAACAAUUAGAGCUGACUUACGGACGACGAUGGAGAUGUCCAAAUGAUUUCUUCAAUGAUGAAAUGAUUGCUGAAGUUUUGUCAGGCCAGGCAGAAGUUAUUCGUGGUCGUGCUAUGGGUGUGAAUUUUAAAAAGUACGAGAAAGCAUGGCUGCCAAAUUACGAUCAUCUGAUGAAUUCAAGCGUUUACAGAAUGCUACAUAAGAUGGAACGAGAACCAAAAACAGGAAUUCCAGCCCGGCCACCAAAAGUUGUCGCAGCUGAGGAUAUAAUUGAAAGAGUGAAUACGCCGGCUUAAUCAUCAACGCCUACAGCAGUAUAGAUUUGGUGACAUCAAGAAACCCCAACAUUGAUUCAUAUUCAAAUAAAUCAUUUAAAAUUUAUGCAUUCAUUGAUUUUUCUUAUAUUAUUUAAAACAAAGUUAUUAAUAUAAAUAUAAAUAUAAUUAUAAUAAUAAUAAUAUUAUUGAUACGUGAAGUGAGUGAGUAAAGUGUAAAUUUAUUAAAUUACUGGAAUACGUCAAGUUUUGUUCUCAAAACUACUAUUCUAUCAAUAAAAUUAAAAAAAAAAACCACUCAUAUGUCUUAUCUAGCAAUUUAAUAAUUUAAUAGUAGAUAAUAA